UAGUCACUCGUUUCGGGCUUACCUCUCUUGACGGCCUCGUCAUACGACAGGAAUCCUAUCCUCGACUCUUUGGCCCCCAUGCUCCCCUCAUUUCACUACAGUGUGAGGAGUUAAAUGCUAGCAGCUGACUUGGCCUGAAAUAUAAACACACAGAACGCCUUGUCCAUGGUGGUGUGAACAAUCUUUAGCUACAAGGUUGACAGUGCUAUCUUACUGUACGGGGACGCCUACUCUGCAGUGGGUGAUGUGACGACGAUGGGAAGCGCCGCAUGUCACGUCACAUCGGUUGUUGCCGAGGCCGUUCAUCGAUAUCACAUGAGCGCUUGAUGGACUCUAAUGGAUUAAGGUGUUUAUUUUACAGAAGACACAUAGGUUGCAUCAGUUUUUGUGUUUUGUUUUCUCCCUGGAAUGAAACCGCAGGUGACGGAAGUGAACGGACAUGGGACUUGACGUUUUGUUGUACUGGCCAAAUAUUAUUGGAUACAUUAGGUUUCUACUAGUGUUUGCAGCAUGGGGAACAUAUGAUACACCAGCACUAUUUGUCCUUAUCUACUUAGUCUUCAUUGUACUUGAUGGAGUGGACGGGUGGUUGGCGAGGCGGCUGGGCCAGACCUCCAAAUUUGGGGCCUGGUUGGACGUAGUGGUGGACAACCUGGGCAGAGGAAUGCUGUGGGGGCAGCUCUUCAAGUGGGGUUGGCUGGUGUCUGCAGUGGAAUGGUGUGUGUUUGUGUGUAACCACAGUUCCAGAGGUGACCACUGGAAAAGCAGCUUUACCAGCAGCCCUCCACUCAUACAGGCCAUCAUGGCAAAUGGCUUUCGAUCAGCCCUGGGCCUGUGGGUGGUGAGUGGGCUGCACUGCCUCCCUCUGUGGCUGUAUCUCUCCCACAGGGGUUUACUUUCUCACUGGUUGUAUCUGCCUGUCUGGAUCCAGGCCGUGGGGAUUGUGCUGCUGGUCGCAGGGCGACUCCUGGCCUUGUUGGUGGAGAUGUGGUGUAUAUGGAUACAUGUGAAACAUCUAUGCAGUGAAGAAUCAGAAAAGAAGAAGUGAACAUCUGCAGAUGAAAAACUCAAAACUUUCACUUUUAAGUUAAUCAAUAUUAUGCAGGAAUUACUUUAUAAAUCACCGCCUUUCAAGACUAAUAGUAAUAAACAGGCUCCUGGAUAAAAUGGUUUCAACUCAGAGGCAGCUUGAAUAAAUACAGUACAGACUGUGAGUGGCAUUCAGUUUUUACCCAUAUUACAAGUUUAUUCUUUGCUGUUUACUUAUAAUGAACAUUUGUCUGGCUAAGUUUCCUUGAUUUCUCAAAUGUGAAAAGAUUGAAUGCAUUAAAAUAAGUGACAAAAUCCUGUUUGUGUUUAAGGAUACAAUAGAAGUUUUAAUGUUUUUUUUUCUUGCAGCUAACAGUGAAGCAGUAACAAGACAACAGUGAAACAUUCCCUCAUCACAUUUGGUGUCACUCACCUCUUCAGAACUCUUAAAAAAAA